CUUGGGAAGCGGCGGCGCCGGCAGGGGAGCAGUGCUGGCUCCCGGAGGAUUAUUAGCUCUGAACCAAGGGGUGGGGUGGUGGUGGUGGUAGGGGGGAAGCCAGCACGCGGAGGACUGGGGGGGGUGCAAGGCAGAGACUCACCCUGCCACCCCCUUCUCCCAAAGAGAAACCAAGCUCUCAGUGCGCUGGAGGAGCCCAGAGAGCAGCAGCCCAGCCAGAUUGGUGUAUUGGCUGUCUAGAGUCCUGAACACUGCAGGUCCUGAUGGGGGACUCAGGAUCAAGACGUUCAACUCUUGUGUCUCGACUGCCAAUAUUCAGAAGAAGUAUUAGUCGAAGACAUGACUCGCUUCCUUCCUCACCCUCCUCCGUUAAUACUGUGGGUGUCCAUAGUUCCUCUCCUUCUAGCACUAACUCAAGCUCAGGAAGUACAGGCAAGCGAAGGAGCAUAUUUCGCACUCCUUCGAUCAGCUUCCACAACAAGAAGGGAAGUGAACAGAAGUCUGAAUCUGCAAGUCAGAAUGUAUGUAUUUCAAAUGGUGCUCAGUCAACUCAAAACAGUUUCCAAAAACUGAACUUGGAAGAACAUGUUAAAAGCAGAGGGAGGCAUUCAGUUGGUUUUGGCAGUUCAAGGAACAAGAAGAUAACAAGAUCUUUGACAGAGGACUUUGAAAAGGGGAAAGAGCCAUCAGCUAACAAGAAUGUAUUUAUAAAUUGCAUACGUUCUGAAAAAAAUGAAGGUGAUGACUCUGGGUUUAUUGAGGAGCAAAGUAAGCGAUCUAUUAAGGAAUCCUCACGGAAACUUCUCCCGAAAUCUUUUUCAUCACACUACAGGUUUUCAAAGCCAGUCUCCCAGAGCCAGUCAGUUUCCUGUGUACAACAGUCUGGAUGCUUAUUGGAGGUUAAACCAUAUGUCGAAAGUGACCCUGUACAAGUAAAAUCCUCUCCAUCUGCUGAGAUAACAGAAUGUGCAGAAAGUUCUUUGCAAUCACCACAACUUUCUGCAGACCUCACCACAGUCCAGACCCCUUCAGAAUUUUUAGCAUUGACUGAAGAUUCUGUCUCAGAAGUUGACAUGGUACCCAAUUGUGGAAACCCAGCACUGUAUACACAAAACUUUGACAAUAAUACUUCUACCUCACACAUUUUCCUCAGUCCCACUGUUGCUCAUGUGAGGAAAACAGUUCAUGUAGAAAGUACUUCCCUAUCUGCUCUUAUAUCUCCAGUGAAUCAUACAGGCUUUUGUAGUACUGAAUCAAAUACCUUACCUAAAAAUACUUCUGCUAAUCAAACACAAGUAUUAUUGCAAGCCAUUGAACUUCCUGUUAAAGAUGCCCGGUACAUAGGAGAAAUUAACUCAGCAGAUGCACAAAUAGAAACUUUUGUGUUAAAUCAUGAAGAAAAAGCAGUGGAUGGCUCUUCUAAGACACAUGGAUUAUGUGGGGGCCAACACGAAACGACGUUACCAGAAUACAUUAGAGAAACAAUUCCUGUAACACAGUCAAAGAUUAUUCCCUUCUCCUCUGAAUUCCGAUCAUUUAAAACACAACAGGGACAUGAAAUAAAUCACUCUAAAGUUAAUCUUGCUAGUAGCUUCAGUCCUUACCGAGAAGGCAGACUAAUAGAGAAGCGCCUGAGGUCCUCUUCAGAAGGCAAUGCUGGAAGCAGCAGAAUGAUCUUAAAACCAAAGGAUGGAAACACAGAAGACCUUAAUUUCUUGCAGAAGCAAAGAGCUGGCUCAUCAUCUUCAAAAAUGAACAGCCUGGAUGUACUAAAUAACUUGGGUUCCUGUGAGCUGGAUGAAGAUGACCUUAUGCUUGACUUGGAAUUCCUAGAAGAGCAGCAUCACCAUCAUUCUGGUAAGUUAUACAACUAUUGCCUAUUUACAAGCUGAAUAUUAUUUAUGUAAUAUAACAUACAAGAAAAAAUUAAGUGCACUUAGAAGUAAUAAAAAUUAAUUUUUGUGGGGGAGAGAGGAUUAUGUAUUUAGCAGCUCAAUAGUUCUAAUUGCCUCUGGCAACUGGCGUGCAGGAUAUCAUGUUCUUUAUGCUUCAGUUGCUGAUUCUUUGCUUAACAUAAUUUGAGAGGCUGUCAUUACUUGGAGAUCAAACCUUUUUACUAUGGAUCACUUCAUAUGGCCAAUUAUCACACUAAGGCAAUUUUUACAGAUGCAGAAGAAUCCAAAUUGCACAGCAUCAAGGACAGAUUCAUUUGGUUUUCCAGAUGACUAGUACCUAUUGCACAGCCACCAAAAGGCCAUCAUGGAUACAAGCAAACCCAUUUUAUGUGUGUUAGAAUAUGUCUU